AUGUCGGCGGACGAGAUGGCGCGUUUGUUUCGACACUUUCUCCCUGCCGCCGCCGGAAACCGACAGUCGGGACGUUGCGUUGGCGUCUUGGUAUUUCGCGCUGCGGGUGCCGGGGCGAGGGCGGCUGGGGCUGUCCACAGCAGCGCCCGUCCGUGCCCCGGCGGUGGGUCUAUUCUACGGAUGCGGGAAUCCGCCGGGAGAUGCGCCCCCGCGCGCAAUCGGCGUCAUGCCGCGGCGGUUCCGAACUUGCGCGGGCCGGGUGUCGCGCCGGCCCGUACGAUGGGCCUAGUGGCGCAGGAGUGGGGAGUGCUUCGCACGGGCAGAGCGAUGUUUUUUGCCAAGCGACGGAGAUGGAGGUGUGUGACGGCGUUUCAAAAGUGUCAAUGA